ACAGCAGAGCUGAGGGAGGCCUCUCCUGAGAAGCAAGGCUUAUAGCAGGUAAUAAAACCCUGCAGGAAGCAUUUGCUAAGAAGUGGAAGGUCAAACCAUUCAGCACACAAGCAGGUCAUCCUGCCAGGUGUUGGGUAAAGAGUUUGGAGCCUGAGCUGAUGAAGAGGGCCAAAUAUCACAUCAUGUCUGAAACUGUUGAUGUGAACACGGAGCCUCUGAAAUGGCCCAUAGCUGCAGAUGGCCACAUCCCCAACUCUGUGAUCUAUGAUAACUGGGUGAGGAUGGGAAAGUUUCUUACCAUGGACCGCUGUGAUGACAUCUUUUAUAAUCUUCACUUGGUGGAUGAAGGCACAACAAAUCAGGAGGAUGUGAGCAGAAGAGUUUUCUGUUCUACACAGGAUGAGGAGGAAGAUGAUGUGAAGAGGAGAAAGAAAGAAAAAGAGAACGAGAAAAAUGUGAGGAAAAUUACGAUUGAGGUAAAGGAAAGAAUGGCUGAUAAGAAAGAAAAGGAAGAAGACAAGUCAGAUAGAAUUGUCGUCCUGAAGCAACCUCAUGACAUCCAGACUAAGACAACUCUGAAAACAUUUGAUGUCGGACAAAUGAACAUGGAGCCUCAGAUGCAGGAAACUGGUUCAACAUACAAUUUAAGAAAGACUGUGAACUUCCUACCGCCCUUCUGCCAGGAAAGUGGACCUAAGCAACUGAGAGAGCAAAUGGAAGAUGAAAGAAGAGAAGACGUGAAGCUUCAGGAAGCUUUUAAACCUCCACUCAAAUAUCGCACUGUGCCCUAUGAAGACCGAAGAUCCAGUAUAAUUCAGAAAAAAAAGUGGCCAGAGCAUCCGGUGAAAAGUCCUGUUAUCCCAAAGCAAGGUUAUUGUCAUCGAGAACCCAGGGUAACCUCGUGCAGACGACCUACAGAGCCCAAAAACUUGACUCCUGAUUCACCGAAGGCUCCCCCUCCAACCCCUGAGGAUCUCAAACCCCAACAAGAUCUUGGGCCCCUUAAAUGCUCGCCAAUCAGAGAUAGAAAGUUCCUCCCAUCUUCGACCAAAUAUAACAACAUCAGAGACCAAGAAAGAAAAGUCUUGACGCUCUAUAAGAGGUUAAAGGUUGGCACCAAGAACUUGUCACACGUUGGAAAACACUCUACCCUUGCUGAGCGCCCCUCUGCUUCUCAGGCUUUACACUCCACCGUUCAGACUAAUACAAUCUGUUCUGGUUACCCUGCACAGUGUGCCCAAACUGUCCUUCCUAUCAAUGACCAAAGAGGGUACACGUUGUUACCUGAGUGGAGGAAGACCCUGUACAACCUUAUUGCUCUCCAAGGUUUCCGUUCUCCGAGGGCAGCAAGGUUGGCGGCUUCAGAGUAUCCAGUCAAGUCUUCCAAUGCCACAAGACCUAAAGCAGCCAUUCCCUCACUGCAACCAGGCCAGGCAGCAGCACAUCAGAGGGUGGUGCACAAGAUUCAGAUGAAAGACACUCUAGACCCUGCGUCUUCUCCCUUCCACCCUCUGAUCCCAAUGGCAUCCCAACAGAGCUUCUGCACUUUGAAUCCCUGUGGGAAGACUCAGUAUGGAAGGCUGCAGUUUUACUGGACGAGGGGACAUGAUGAGUUGGCUCUGUACCAUCUUAAUUGUUCUACGUAGCAACUGGCUAGCCCUUUCAUUUAGUUAGACAAUAAAAUAAUCUGUGGCAUUA